GCCCUCUCAAGUCUUCAGAUGAACUUGACCCGUGCGUGCUAAGACGACAUCGUCCUGUCUGCCUGCUCCUUCCUGCCCUUUCUCGUCUGAUUCUCACUUGCCCCAGGCAGAAGAAUCUCAGACCGCCCAGCUCGCACACAACACACAACAAUUUCACAAAAACCCAACCUCAAACUCACCCCUCCAAACUUACUCAUCAACAACACAACCACAACCACCACCAUCACCAACCAACCAAGAUGCCUUGCCCUCACAAAAGGCUCUACGAAGCCGCGCAACAGCGCCGCAGGCUCAGAGAGCAGGAGGCCGUGGAGGCUCUCAUGCUGCUGCGAGCAGGCUUUGGUGAGUUCGGCCUCUGGGGCAACGUCCCCGGUAACGUGCCAGGGACGCUGCCACUUCAGUGGCAGUCCAACUGGCAGUCCUUGCCUGGCUCGCGCCCUGUCUCGUUUGGCGUUGUUACUGUGGGUGGCAGCAGCCCGCAAACCACCAAUCCCAUCACCACCACCACCCACGCCGCCACCGCCAACACCACCGCCAACACCCCCAACGGCACCACCAACGGCACCACCAGCGGCUACAGCCGCACCCACAGCCACGGCCGCCCCGCCACUUCUGCGGCGAGGUUGGAGACGUUGGCGACAGUGGCGGCGAACAGCCAGCCACUGCCCCUGGGCCAAGUGAACAACAGGCCCUUGCAAGAUGUGACCAACGGCUCCACAUCAUCCGCCACAGAGGGCGCCAGAGCCCGUUCGCGAGCUCCUUCACCCGAGGGCCCGAACUAG